AUGGUCUUUUCUGAUUAUGUGGCUAUGGUCGGACUGAGUCCUGCCCUAACCGUCCACUCCUUCUGGAGAGUUCUAUGUUGUCUCUUUGCCAUUUUGCCCAUCUACUUUAUCGGCUGGAUUAUCUACACACUCUUUUUCCACCCUUUGAGCCACUACCCCGGCCCCAAGCUAGCUGCCAUCACACCUCUGGUCCAUAUCCUCUGGGACAUCAGAGGCGAGCAGCACUCGAUCAUCAAGCGUCUCCAUGACAAGUACGGAGACGUAGUUCGCAUUGCACCUAAUGCGCUCGCUUACCGCGCCGCAUCGGCCUGGAAGGACAUAUACGGUCACCGCAAGAAAGGACAGAAGAUCUUCCUCAAGGACCCGGCUUUGUACACACCCACUCCCAACGGCGUCAAUGCAAUCAUCACCGCCAACGAGGGCGACCACACCCGCAUGCGCCGUUUGCUCACCCACGCCUUCUCCAACAAAGCCCUAGGCGAGCAGGAGGAGAUCCUCCAGACUUAUGCCGAUAUGCUCAUUGAGAAACUGCACGGUCUCAUUGGUAGUUCCGUGUCGGUUGAUAUCGAUAUCACGCGCUGGUUCAACUUCACUACCUUCGACCUCAUCGGUGACCUGGCUUUCGGUGAGCCCUUCGGAUGUCUCUCGCAUAGCAAAUACCACUGGUGGGUUCUCAUUAUCUUGGAUGCCGUCAAGGCAAGCGCAUACCUGAAAAUCUUUUGGUUCUAUCCUUUUCUCGUGCCUUUGGUCCAGGUCUUGAUUCCAAAGCAUUUGAUGGAAAAGCGCGAGGCUAGUUUCCAGCUCAGCGUCGAUAAGAUCCGUCGUCGGCUUGCAAAGGGCACUUCCCGUCCGGACUUUACUUCGUACAUCCUUAAACACGCCAAGGAUGGAAAGGGCUUGUCUCCGUCGGAGAUUGAUGCCAACUCGGCCGUGUUUGUUCUGGCUGGUAGCGAGACUACGGCGGCUCUGCUCUCCGGCUGCAUCUAUUUCCUGAUGUGCAACAGAGAUGCGUAUAAUCGUCUUAUUCUGGAGAUUCGCAAUGCUUUUACCAAAGCUUCGGAUAUCAAGCUCUCGGCUCUCACUGACCUUCCGUAUCUGAAUGCUGUGCUGACUGAAACGAUGCGCAUAUACCCGCCUAUCCCAUCAAUGCUGCCUCGCAUUGUGCCCGAGGGUGGUGCAAUGAUUAAUGAUAGAUAUGUCCCUGAAAGCGUCUCAGUCUCCAUCUCCCUCUACUCCGCCUUCCACGCCGCAACACAUUUCAAGAACCCCGAGUCUUUCGUCCCAGAACGCUGGUUGAACGAGUCAGACGAGUACAACUCAGACAUGAAAGAGGCUUUCCAACCCUACUCCUACGGUCCCCGUAACUGUCUUGGCCAACAGUCAGUUCCCUCACCUUCUUCUCUUACCAACUGCCACAUCUCUUUCCUCACGUAUACUAACAAGACAAUUCCCAGCCUCGCCAACGCUGAAAUGCGCCUGAUCCUCGCCAAAUGUCUAUGGAACUUCGAUCUCGAACUUCUUCCCGAAUCUCUGGAUUGGAAAGAUCAUAAAUCCUUCUCGCUCUGGAAGAGGCCGGAGCUUUGGGUUAAGCUCUUCAGAGCUGGAGGGAAUGAUGCUAUGUAA